UAUACUCUUGGCCCUUUUCUCCGACCCCGGUCUCCUUUUGCCUCUUGAGCUAGAUGAGCUUUCGACAUCUGAUUUGCAUAUCUCGGGAAAGGCGAUGACAGUCACAAAGGUUGUCAGCGCGUCCAGGAGUAGGGGUAGAGGCUUUAGCUUUCUUACUUUCCCAACCCCUUUUCUAUUCCUCUUCGUUGCCUUCUCAACGACCGUCUAUCACAAAGUCCAAGACAUGCUAUGUACGGAGCACAGUGCAACCGAGAGCUCAGUCUACGUUAUCAGGGAGACACUCGCAACCACACCGAACUCACAUCAGUUGCAAUGCUGGGAACACCAUUGUCCAAAGCAAGCUAUAAGAAUAUCUGAAAUGAAAUGAUUCAAAUGCCGAACAACACCACCUGAUGAUC